AUUAUGCCGCGUCUGUCCUAUCUGUGGGGUUUACAUGCACAAAGUUGCAGAGAAUGGUAAUGACGACGAGAUUGGUCAUGAUGGCGCAAGAAAGUUCCAAAUCAGUUGCCACGCGACCUCAAUCUCAAAUUUUGGAUUGUGCAAAGAUGGUGUUGUGACGGCCUCGCUGUGUUGCUAUUUGUCACCAUGUUGAUUAGGAGUAGGAUCUCUCCAAGCUGAUGUGCAUGGUUUAAGGAAAGGGCCUGUGGAUAGAACUGACGAGAUGAAGAUUCUAGGGUCCAAAUCCCCAUUUGGCGUCCAUGACCGCGCAUAUGAUGACUCGAGGAUGUUAGAUCCCCUACAGAUAGAGACAGCAGAUUGCAACGAAAAAUCCAAGAUGCCGAAAUCGCCGCCAAGACAAGACAUUGACUGGUACUACAAUACCAGAGUCGCUAUCAUCGUCGGCGUCUCCCAAAUCAUCUGCGGAUUACUGUGUAUUCUUCUAGGAAGUGCUGCGGUCGCCGUGAACGCAUCACAUUCGAAAAUCGCUGCAGGAAUUUGGGGUGGAUUGAUCAUAGUCGCAGCCGGAUGUUUAGCAAUCUGGUCAUCACGUGCCAAAACGCACAAAUCAGUUCUUAUCUGCUUCGUGACGUCUUUUUUGGCGGGGUUGUCAUCGUGCUUGAUUUUCAUUGUGGCAGGCUUUGGAAUAUCAGACGAUCUUAAACAUGUAAAUGACACUUCUUAUUUCUUCUACUUUGAGCGUUCAUCUGGAGGCAGCACAGGAUUCCCCGUCUUGAGAUACAACCAGCAGAUCAUCCGGGCUUCCAUUGCCGUACACGGACUCAUAAUAACGGUCGCCAUGUUUGAAUUGGUCGCCUCAACUGUGCAGGCAGUGCUCUGCAAGUAUAAUCAGUGGUGCAAUCGCAAAGACAGCGCUGGCAGACCUUGCCGAGGAGAGUUGGCCGUCAUUUAUGAAACUGAAGACAAUAAGCCCCUCAAAUCAAAAGCGCCACAUUUCAUCUCGCGAGAGCAAACACGUGACAUAACGUAUUACCAUGUGGACGAAUCUUCUCAGUUUCAGGAUUAUCCAAGACCUUACUCGGAUGAGCCCGAGUACAGUGAUUCGAAGAUUGACUAUUCAAGUUCCUCUGAGUUAUCUGCUACGCAUGGCCGGACCAGGAGAUGUGACCGUAGUUCCGUUUUCACGGAACCGGAUAUGGAACCUGUAGGUACACGUGCAAUGAACCGCCAUCAGGAGGCGUUACUCCGAAAUUCAUUGGCGCAGCAAUAAAUAAUAUUUAGACUUACACAUGGGAUUUGUUAUCAUCUAAUAAUCGAAGCACUAGAUUCACCUGACUAACGGGAGCAAACUGGGAAAUGAAAAAUAAAAACCCGGCUGUGGUGUGAAGGAGACAGUUCAGCUUGAUGUUGGACACAAUUUUCUUGCGAUCUCAAGUGGGAAUAUAUAUCGGGGAGAAACAAUAAUAUGAGGAAUUUAUGUGGUGUAUCAUAAAUAUGUAUACAACAUGUAUAUAGGUGUGCAAUCAUCGGACAUGGGCCCAUCAUGUCGUGGGAUAAAACCUACUGUAGAAGUAUAGUCUAGUUGUUGAAAAGUCCUUUUUUGGAACACGAUACCUGUGACAACUGCAAAUAUUUUACAAUGUAAAUACUAAGUAGAAGAAACAGAGACAAUGAAAGGGAAUAUUUGUUUAAGCUGAGUGAUCGUUUUGAAGAACACAGCGCACCUUCCACAUACAGGUCAAGGACUCAUGUGCCAGACUGCAGAAACAUCUCUGUGCCGUCCUGUGAAACCAUUGUUGCUGUACUGUUCGCAUCUUUAGCAUUGCUAUCAACGACUCAGAGGAGUUUCUACAGUAAGUGUUGUAGUUUCAAAUCACGCUUCAUUGCAAAACGCUCCAUACCUAUAGGACAUCACGUCUGCCUAUAUUCUGUGACAAAAAAAACCAAAACACUAUAUAUCUAUAUGUUCCACUUUCAACAAAGGUACCUGCCAGGCAAGUAAAUGGAUGGAAUAUCAGACGAUAUUGAGAAAAAGUGACACCAUGAUCGAUUUGGUCCAGUAGUUUUAGUUCAAAAGCCGAAAACAAGUCUGAAUUUUACUCGGCCCAAAUCUGGUUCACAAAAUGGGUUCUGCCCAGCAGCUAGUGAAACUACUGAAUCAAAACGAAAUAUCUUGGUCUCAUUUUUCUUCUCGAAAGAAUUAUUCACCAAAGUACAUAUGCAUUUCAUAUUGAUUUGAGAAUAAUAAUAAGUUUUUAUUAAUAAAAUGUACACUGAAUAUAAAACCA